AUCAUCAUAUUCAAUCAUUUGUUGUGGGCAACCCUUUAUUUGAUGUAUUCAAAAUAUUUUUUUCCAGAAAAAAUGUCCAGAAUGAUGAAAGAUAUGAGACCGGCUUUAGAUUAUAGCGAGGAGGCGAGGAAACUUUGGAGCAAAUUAGGUAUAAACCCUGAGGAGAUUGACCCCAGUGGAUACAAACCUCUAGACAUCAUUUUCAAAUCAGAAAAGGGUGGAAGUAUUUAUGUUGGAGGAGAGAGAGCAGUCCGAGAUAUGGAUCUUCUCAUGCAAUACGGAAUCUGUGCUAUUGUAAACUGCACAACAGACAUCAGAAAUUACCAUGAGAAAGUUCUUGUUUAUCAUAAUUUUGAUAUUGCAUCUUGGAGAUUUCAUUUGUCAAGCAAACAGGAUAAUGUACUGCAGUUGAUAUCUCCUGUACUGCAGUUUAUAAACAAACAAAUAAAUAUGGGAGGGAAUGUAUUGGUACACUGUUUAGCUGGCGCACAUAGAGCCGGUACAACGGGAAUAAUCUGUUUAAUGCACUUUGCUGGUUUAAAGUCGGAAAAGGCAAUAACUACCGCAAAAUCUUUGAGGAACGUGAUAGAACCAAUUGGAGAUUUUAAACAGUUACUCACAAGAUGUGAUGAUUUGGAGAGAGACGAUACGGGGAAAUUCUAUUUGUACUGAGAAAACAAAAUACUAAAAUGUAUUUUUAAAUCAAAUAUCUCCUGUAAAAAAAUAAAAUAUUACAACAGUUUUAAAA